GCUUUUUCCAAACUGUCGUCUUCUCUUUGAGCUAAGUGUCGAAUCGUUGCUGUUUUUUGUAACUACGUGUUUGCUGUUAGCUUUAGCCAACGAUAGCUGUGUGCUUAUCACGUCAUCGUGUGCGACAUAAUGUUGAAAUAACUCGUGAAACACUUGUUGUAUUGUGUGUAUAGUCAAUGCAGACGUGGGUAUUUACUAACUUUAUUUCCGUAUAGGUUUCUACUCCGGCGAUCAGCUGCACUAUGAUCUUGCUCUUACUUUAUGCAUUGCCUUGUAUUUUGCUGUUGCUUUAUAUUUAGAGUCAGGUUAUUUAACAUCUAAUAAGCGGCGUAAUACUGAAAACUCAGUGUGAAAUUAAAGUGUACUGCGACUAAAAUCUCAUAAAGUAAGACGGACUGACUCUUUCGACGAUGAUAACUUGAUGCUCUCUAUAUGUUUUUGCGUCAAUUGAGAUUCAGGUAUAUUGAAAUACUUUGUGUUCAAAAUGGCAGACACACAGUGAUGAACUUUAAUGACGUAUAUUACAGAAAAAAAGUGUCACUGAGGCCAGCUAUAAGAUAUUCAAGUGUUUCGGUUUUCAACUCCCCAGAUCCGACAUCAUGUCCAUUAUCAAGAUUCAUGCUCGGGAAAUCUUUGACUCUCGUGGAAACCCGACUGUCGAGGUUGACCUCUGGACUGACAAGGGCUUGUUCAGGGCAGCGGUUCCAAGUGGUGCAUCGACUGGAAUCUAUGAAGCUCUGGAGCUCAGAGACAAUGACAAGUCUCGCUUCCUUGGCAAAGGAGUUUCUCAAGCUGUCGAACACAUCAACUCUACUAUCGCUGACGCUCUGGUUGACCAAGGUGUGAGUGUGGUUGAGCAAGAGCAAAUUGACCAGAUAAUGAUCGAUCUGGACGGCACUGAGAAUAAAUCUAAAUUGGGAGCUAACGCCAUCCUUGGCGUGUCACUGGCUGUUUGUAAGGCUGGUGCCGCAGAAAAAGGUGUCCCACUGUAUCGUCACAUCGCUGACCUUGCUGGACAUGAGAAAGUCAUCCUGCCUGUGCCAGCAUUCAAUGUGAUCAACGGUGGCUCUCAUGCUGGCAACAAGCUUGCCAUGCAGGAGUUCAUGAUUCUGCCUGUCGGAGCCAGCACCUUCAAAGAAGCCAUGCGCAUCGGAGCUGAGGUCUACCACAAUCUUAAAAAUGUCAUCAAGAAGAAAUACGGCCAAGACGCCACCAAUGUGGGAGACGAAGGAGGAUUCGCUCCAAACAUCCUGGAGAACAAGGAAGCCCUGGAGCUGAUCAAGGAGGCCAUUGCCAAAGCUGGCUACACAGACAAAGUAGUGAUCGGCAUGGAUGUGGCAGCGUCUGAGUUCUUCAAGAAGGGAAAGUACGACCUUGAUUUUAAGUCUCCCGACGACCCGUCCCGUUACAUCACUCCCGAUGAGUUGGCUGACCUUUACAAGAGCUUCAUCAAGGAUUACCCAGUUGUUUCCAUCGAGGAUCCUUUUGACCAAGACGACUGGGCAGCCUGGACCAACUUCACUGGCAGCACUGACAUCCAGGUCGUUGGCGAUGAUCUCACUGUCACCAACCCAAGUCGCAUUAGCAAGGCCGUGGAGGAAAAGGCCUGCAACUGUCUAUUGCUGAAGGUCAAUCAGAUUGGCUCCGUCACUGAGUCUAUGCGAGCCUGUAAGAUGGCACAGGAGAAUGGCUGGGGCGUGAUGGUCAGUCACCGUUCUGGAGAAACUGAAGAUACCUUCAUUGCAGAUUUGGUGGUUGGCCUUUGUACUGGACAGAUCAAGACUGGAGCUCCGUGUCGCUCCGAGCGUUUGGCCAAAUACAAUCAGAUUCUCAGAAUUGAAGAAGAUUUGGGAGACGACGCUUAUUUCGCUGGGAGAAACUUCCGGCAGCCAUUGAUGGCAUGAUUCCGUCUGGUCCUACACCGUCCUACUCAACAUACUGUAGCACUUACGACGUUACCAGACUUAGAAUUUGAAGAAUAGGGACUUGCCGUAUUUAUUAACAUUGAUGUCACAGUUACUGUGUUAUAUUUGCACUCUGUAUAACAAAUUAAAAAAAUACAGUGCUUGA